GUAACAUUUUGUGAUAUGUCUAUCUCCAUGGACUUGAUCUUCCAAUCUCUGUCUCUGCUGCUUUUCAUCCUUUUCGCCACAUCAACAUAUUUCUUGUUCAAUCACAAAAAUUACAGCAACAGCAAAAACCUCCCACCAGGCAGUGCCGGAUGGCCAAUAAUUGGAGAAACCAUUGAAUUCCUCUACGAAACCCCCGAGAACUUCAUCAAUCACAGAACCAAAAAAUACUCUUCACAAGUUUUCAUGACAAACAUUUUCCGACGACCAACCGCCAUCUUUUCCGGUCCCGCCGGCAGCAAAUUCAUCUCCUCCAACGACCAAAAACUCCUCAAAGUCUGGUACCCUCCUUCGCAACGAAGCCUUUUCCAGAUGAACCGACCAAACCCGACACCGACACCGACACCGUCACCGUCACAGCCUUCUCCGGCUACUCAACCUCAACCUAAAACAUUGACAAGCGCUUCUGGUUUUCUUAGACCAGAAGCGAGGUACGUGGCGAAGUUUGACUCGUUCACGAAGAGCUUUCUGAGAAGCUAUUUGGAAGCAAAACAAGAAGUAGUGGAGGUUUAUCCUUUUGCCAAAACGUUCACGCUGACUUUGGCCUGCAAUUACUUCAUGGGUCUGGAAGAUUCCGAGCGAGCAGAGAACCUGGUGGGAAAGUUCGACGACUUGGCUAUGGGUAUUCAUUCCAUGGAUUUGAACUUUCCGGGUACCAUAUUCCACCGAGCAAGCAAAGCGGCAGCUGAGCUCCGGAAGGAACUUGGAAUUUUUAUAGAGGAAAAAAGAGUGAAGAUGUCGUCUAAUAAUGGGGUUGUGAAGGAAGACUUGCUUUCCCAGUUGAUUGCUGGAAACCAGAGUGGCAGGAAAUUUACACCCCCGGAGAAAAUUGUGGAAACGAUGUUGGGUUUGCUGACGGCUAGUUAUAGUUCUGCUGCCACUGUAAUCACUUUCAUGGUUAAGCAUAUUGGUGAAAGGCCCGACAUCUACCAAAAGAUACUCUCUGAGCAAUCUGAGAUAUGGUCAACGAGGGAAGGAAGUGAUGAAGAAAUAGGUUGGGAGCAUAUAUACAGAAUGAAGUAUACGUGGGCUGUUGCAUGCGAAACUAUGAGACUAGUAGCACCUUUACAGGGAGCUUUUAGGGAGGCCAUCACUGAUUUCACCUUUGCUGGUUUCACCAUUCCCAAAGGCUGCAAGAUUUAUUGGGCGGUAAAUAUGACAAACAAGAAUCCAGAAUAUUUUCCUGAUCCAAAAAGAUUUGAUCCUUCAAGGUUUGAAGGAGAACAUGGAGGAUCACAUCCACCUUACUCUUUCAUUCCAUUCGGUGGAGGACCAAGAAUGUGCACUGGUAGAGACUAUGCUCGCCUAGUAAUCCUCACUUUCAUCCACAACUUAGUCAAUAAGUUCAAGUGCCAGGUUUUAUACCCCAGUGAGAAAAUUUUAAGUAGCUUGAUGAUGCCAACCCCAGCACAAGGACUUCCAGUUAGACUCCACCCACUUCCAUAAUUAAUGACAAUUAAUAUUAUGUAAUUGUUGGGAUAAUCUGUCUAUAUUUUAAAGUUUGAAAAGCCAAUCUAUUUGUUUUUUUCUUUCC